GGCAUGGAGCCGGCCGCCCCUGCCUAGCCCCGGACCCGCGCCGCUGCCUGGGGCGCCCCGACGUCUCGGUGGGGUGGGCCGGGCGCGGCCUGGCGCUGCGCGGAUGGCCCUGCUCGCCGUCCUCCUGGUCCUCUUCUUGACCGCCGCUGGGAGGUGCCAGGAGCAAGCCCAGACCACCGACUGGAGGGCCACCCUGAAGACCAUCCGGAACGGCGUUCACAAGAUUGACAUGUACCUGAACGCCGCCCUGGACCUCCUGGGAGGCGAGGAUGGGCUCUGCCAGUAUAAGUGCAGUGACGGAUCUAAGCCUUUCCCACGUUAUGGAUAUAAACCCUCCCCACCGAAUGGAUGUGGCUCCCCACUGUUUGGUGUUCAUCUUAACAUCGGCAUCCCUUCCCUGACAAAGUGCUGCAACCAACACGACCGGUGCUAUGAGACCUGCGGCAAAAGCAAAAACGACUGCGAUGAGGCGUUUCAGUCUUGCCUGUCCAAGAUUUGCAGAGAUGUGCAGAAAACACUGGGGCUGGCUCAGCACGUGCAGGCCUGUGAAACCACCGUGGAACUCUUGUUUGACAGCGUUAUACACUUAGGCUGUAAGCCGUACUUGGACAGCCAACGAGCCGCGUGUAGGUGUCGCUACGAAGAAAAAACCGAUCUUUGAAGAAGAUGCUGCCAAGUGGUGACAACAGAUGAGGACAGAAGAAGAUAACCUUUGACAAAGAGCUAAUGUUUUUACAGCCUAAAGUUGCCUUAUUUUCGUGAAAGGAUUAUUUUAAGACCUUACUUUGACAUUAAAACUUCAAACUAAAGAAACAAAUGCAGGUUAUCUUCCCAGACGUUGCUGCCUUAGUGUGCCAUAUUGUCUUGACCGGUCACAGAAAGUGGUGCAUGUUAAGGGGAGAAUUUUUUAAAGAAAGAGUAUGACUUGAUUUUCACAACUGUAUUUACCAAAAAAUAAGGUCAAACAUGAAAUUCAUGAUAAGGUAUGUUCAACAUUAUCUUAUUUGGAAAUAUGGUGAAGUCUUCACUUAGAAGUAUGUUUGUUUUCCAUAAAAUUUAAAAUAUACAUAUAUGCCCAGAA